AUGGAGGGUAGUAACAAGGGGCAACUUCACCCUGAACAAAAGAAAUGGAAGGUUCCCAAGGGGCCAAAGCCAAUCGCACACAAGAACAAGAACAUGAUUGGUCUUGGUAGAACUAUUGCUAAUCAAAGAAGAAUGGAGAAUUCUAUCCAAUAUUUGCCUGACGGUGAAAUGAGAUUCACCACUGAUAAGAGAGAAGCAGACUGGGUCAAGCUCAGAUCAGUGACACAAGAAAAUUCUCUUGAUGAGUUCUUAAACACGGCCCAAUUAGCAGACACCGAUUUCACUGCUGAAAGAAACCAACAGGUGAAGAUUAUCAAGGUUGGUAACACUUCCGUAGUGAACCAGACUGGUCUUUUAACACAACAAGAAGCUCAAGAUUUGAAGAGAAAGCAUCAGGCUUUUGAAAACAAACUUACUAUUCCCAGAAGACCCAAAUGGUUCAAGGGUCAAGCCAAAUUAGAGUUGGAAAGACAAGAAAACUUGGCCUUUUUAGAGUGGAGAAGGCAGUUGGCUCAACUUUCUGAGACCAACGAUUUAUUGUUGACCCCCUUUGAAAGAAAUUUGGAAGUCUGGAGGCAGUUGUGGAGAGUCGUAGAGAGAUGUGAUUUGGUUGUUCAGAUUGUAGAUGCCAGAAAUCCAUUGUUCUUCAGAUCCGUAGACUUGGUAGCGUACGUGAAUCAGUUGGCAGAUGCCGCUGAGGUGCCUGAAGAAGGUUCUGAAGACGCCGCUAGUUUGAAAGCAGGUGAGCCAUUAAAGAAGAAUUUGCUUUUAGUCAACAAGGCCGACUUGUUAACCAGAAGACAGAGAGUGGCAUGGGCCGAAUAUUUCCACAAAAUGAAGAUCAAUUUUGUAUUCUUCUCAGCAGCUGAAGCCAACGAAUUGUUGGAGAAGGAACAACAAGAGCUCGAAGAGCAGAGACUUGGAAUGGAAAGAGAAAUAAGUACUGGUUCGAGUGCAGAACAGGGAGAAGCGAAGCAAGAAAACGAAGACCAACAAAAUGAGGAAGAGGAGGAAGAAGACGAUGCCGUGAGAAUUCUUAAGAUUGAAGAAUUGGAAAAUCUCUUUAUGUCUGAGUCACCAAGAACAGCCUCGCCAGACCGUAAGCUCCAAAUUGGUCUUGUAGGUUAUCCAAAUGUUGGUAAAUCAUCCACCAUCAAUGCCCUUGUGGGAUCCAAGAAGGUGUCCGUUUCUGCCACUCCUGGUAAGACCAAGCAUUUCCAAACUAUCAACUUGUCUGAUGAGGUCAUGUUGUGUGAUUGUCCAGGUUUAGUCUUCCCUAACUUUGCAUACACCAACGGUGAGUUAGUCUGUAAUGGUGUCUUACCUAUCGAUCAGUUGAGAGAACAUAUCCCUCCUGUUUCCCUUGUUUGUCAGAGAAUCCCUAAGCACUACUUGGAAGCAUUGUAUGGUAUCCAUAUCCCAACCAAGAGUAUACAAGAUGGUGGUGAUGGUAUUCCAACCGCUGCAGAGCUUUUGAAUGCCUACGCCAGAGCAAGGGGUUACAUGACUCAAGGUUUUGGUAGUGCUGAUGAACCAAGAGCCUCGAGAUACAUUUUAAAGGAUUACGUCAAUGGUAAGUUACUUUUCGUGGUGCCUCCACCAGUAUUCAGAUCAGAACUAAACGAGUGGGAUUUAACCACCGUCGAGGAAGGUCAGAAGUUCAACGACUCCAUCUACAACUUGGAUUCUUUACCAGAAUCUAGACGAGCUCAAAUUCUCCAAGCUAUACACAACAAGGGAAUCAAAGAAGAAGACUUUGAUUUAGCUAUGGAUUUAUCAAAAUUAAACUUCUCCCAGCAUAUCAGUGAAGAGUCUGCACAUUUGACCAAGAAUAGAAAGAAUCAGGACAGUGUUCUAUCAUCUGGACCUAAGACUUUGUUCUAUGGUGGUAGACAAGCUGGCUUGGAGAAUGCAGGAAAUGAUUUGGAUAGAGAGUUUUUCAAGAUGGGUGGUGUUCAAGGAAAGCUCAGUACUCCAUUCCACAAAGUUGGUUCUGGUGAAGGAAGUAAGAAACACGGAAAGAAGAACAAGAAGUCUGAAAAGAAGACUAGAGUCGUUGGUUACUAG